AUGUCCGUCGUGCUCCAGGCGUUGAAUCGCCAGGAUGCCUUGUCGUGGGCUAGCCAUCUCUACCAGGCAAGUGCGGUCGCCAACGGCGGAGGCUACCUGUUGGACCAGGAGAGGGACCAGGAGGUCGCCUACGAGGAGGAGAGACGCCGCAGGCUCGCCCAGGAAGCCUUAGAGCGGGAGCGGUUCGCCCGCAGCAAGCGGAACAGCCCGCAGCGGCCGCGCUCGCAGGCGGAAGAGGAGCAGAAGGAGGAGGGUCUGCCGCAGCAACCGCAGCAGCAGGAGGGGGAGGAUGGACAGCCUGCAGCGGACGGCGCACCGGUACCCGCGGCCGGCUCAGACGAUGUCGUGCUGGAAGACAAGGCAGCGGUGGCAGAGGCGGCAGGGGGGGCGGCGGCGGAAGCCGAGACUGCCACCGCCACAGUGUCGGCGGAAAGCGCUACUGCGGGGCCCCUUGGUUUUUCUACGACGGACCCCACAGCAGCGGCAGCAGCAGCGGCAGCGGCCGCCCCUGCCGUCGAUGACGCCGCCGCCGCCGCCGCUCGCGACGGCGACGAGCAACAACGAUCCCUCGAUGGCGACAACGCGGACGACGUGGUGGUGGUGGUGGCACCGGACGCCGCCGCCAGCGCCGGCGAUGAUGAUGGCGUUGGCUCGGAGAAGGACGAUGCCGACGAGUCUCCUUCUUCUCCGACUGCUGCUGCUGCUGCUUCUGCCGGUCGCCCCGAGCUGACGGUGGAGGUCGGGGACGUUGUCAACGGCGGCACGUCAGCGGCGGCGGCGGCGGCCUCGGGGGGCGCGGCGGCCGCUCUCUCCGCUCCCUCGGAGGAAUCGACCAUCGGCGACCUCGGCGGUGGGAGGAGGCCGUCGGGGAGCGUGGGCGGCCGGCCCACCUUUGAGAGGAAGUCUUCGUCCGUUAUGGACCUCAUCCGAGAGAGGGAGAAGGCCGCCCAGUCGGCCCGCCUCCCGCCGUCCGCCCGCAAGGAGACCUCGGCGACGCACUCGCCGAGCCUGGCGGCGGCGCUGACGCGGGGCAAGGUGGGCGCCAAGCCCUGGAUGGGUGCCUCCGAUAACAACAACACGCCAGCCGCCGACGCCGCCGCCGCCGCCGCCGCGAGCACCCCGCGAUGGGGCUCUUCCGUGUUCUCCUCCUCCACGCCGAAGGCUUCCGCCGCUGCUGCUGCUGCUGCGAGCGGCUUCUCCUCAACAACUCCGGCCGUGGCCUCUACCGGCGGCGAUGACGCGACUGCGGGGGAGGAGGAGGAGGAGGAGGAGGAGCAAGAAAAGGUUGCGAGUCUGGCGGCGGCGGAAGCAAGCGCGGGGGCUGGCGGCGGGGGAGUCGGCGAGAAGGCCCUGUCGCCGUCGAUGGCAGCGGCACGAAUGCGCAAGACCGUAGACCGAUCUAUGUGGAGCUCGGCGCCGUCGUCGAGCGGAGCAGGGAGCGGGCCGGGCUUGUCGGCGACGUGGGCGUUUAACUCUGCCGCCGGCAAGCAGCAGAAGAGUUCCGACGAGUCCGCGCAAGAAAGCGGCCCGGCUGAAGAAACGGAAGACGGAGCGUCGGGGGCGCCGCCAGCGGCAGUGGCGGACUGCCCGCCGCCCGCCGGGUUUGCGGCGGCGAAGGCUCUGUUCGCCUCCACCGGAGGCAUCCCCUCUGGCAGCAAGGCUUCGCUGCCACCGCCGUCCAAGCCAAGGACCAGCACCGGCGCCGCCGCCGCCGCGUACGCGCGCGCCGCGGCCACGAGCAACAGCACCAGCGCCCCGGCCCCCAGGGAGCCGGUCCAUCGGGCCACGACGAAGCCCUGGGAGAAGAAAACCACUACCGCUGGCGGCGGCGGCGGCGGCGGGGGCGGCGCAACCGGUGCUUCUUGGGGUUCCGCCGCCGCUCCCGCUUCCGCCGCUGCCGUUACCACGACCGACAGCAGCAGCAGCAGCAGCGACGACGACGGCGAGCCCAGCUCUUCCGCCGGCGGCGGGCGCUCCCUGUCCCCGGUCACAACCCCCGGCGCCGGCGGCGCCGCGGCCAAGGGCUCCACCUCCCGCCACCACCAGAAGAGCAGCGAGCCGCGCGCUUCCCCCGCGGUUGCGGCGGCGGCGGCGGCUGAGCCGUCGCUGUCGUCUUCCUCCGUGUUCGGCAGCACCGGCGGCAGCGUCAAGGCGAUGAGCAGGGACGUCUUCGGCUCGUCGUCCUCUGGGUUCAAGCGGCCCCCGACGGGAGGGGUGGCCCUGGCCGGGUUCGGGCUGACGGCUCCGGCGGCGUCAGCGAGGAAGGUGCCGGAGGUGGCCGCUCCCCCGCUGGAGAGCCGGCCGAUCGGCGGCCCGUGGGACGAGGAGGAGGUCCUCAAGUGGGUGCGGGACGUGACGAAGCUUGACAUCGACCCGGAGUGCGGCGUGGCCUACAGCCUUAAAGACGGCGUGGCUCUGUGCCGCCUCAUGAGCAAGCUGCAGCCGGGGGCGCCGAUCACUGCCCCGAGCGACUCCUCCCUGGCGUACAAGCAGAUGGCCAACAUCUGCAUCUUCCUCCGGUGUUGCCGAACUCUGGGGCUUGGCGAGAGCAUCUUGUUCGAAACGGCGGAUCUCUACGAGGAGAAGGACAUCCCGAACGUCGUCAAGACCCUCGUGGCUCUCGGGGAGCACGUGCCCCGCUCCUGCCCGGCUUUCAAGGGUCCCCACCUCAACAUGUCCAAGUUCGCCUGGUCCACGGUGCUGGCACAGCCGUCCUCGACCAGCGGCGGAAGCGGCAAGGCCUCCAGCUUGCGCGCGAGCACCGGGGGGAUCUCUGGCCGGGGAGGGGGGGGGGUGAGCGGCUCCUGGCCCCGCCGCGGGGGUUCAACUGGCGGCAACGGCAACGUCGGGGCCGUGUGGCGAAGGGCGGUGGGCAGCGACCACCCGGCCAGCAGCGGGGACGAGGGAAGCAGCGAGGACGAUGACGACGACGACUUCGACAGCGACGAGGACGAUGAGGAGUACGAUGAUGAGGAUGAGGCGGUGGGUUCCGGGUCGUCGUCGGCGGCGGCGGCGGCGAACGGGGGGAGCCGCGCGGCUGCCGCUACCGGGGGAGGGGCUCGGGACGGGGAGCUGACGGACGAGAUGCUGUCAAAGGCCUACGACUCCGUGGAGGCUGCCUCGCAGAGUGGGGGCCUAUCGACGAUCCAGUUCUCGUCCCUUUGGCGAUCUCUCUCUGGCGACAGGCAAAACCUCUUCGCCGAGAUGAAGAUGUUCCACAAGUUCAACACCUCGGGGGACAGCGUGGUUAACUUCGAGGAGUUCAAGGCCGGGUUCCGCCUCAUCGCCCAAGAAAACGCAAAAGAGCACGAGCAGGUGCUCAAGAAUCUCAAGGACUGGACCGAUUCGCAACCCGCCGCGUUUUAA